CUUCUACUCAUUCCCCACAUAAUGAUGAGAUCUGCUACCCGUACGAUCGGCCUUGCUGCCCGAGCUCUUCCCAAGAGAUCUUUCACCCAAAGCGCUAUUUCCCGCAAUAGCUCUGGUAUCCCCACCUCUCUCCAGUGCUUCACUGAGGAGGAACUCAUGUUGAAGGAGUCCGUUGCUCGAUUUGCUCAGGAUGUCGUUAAGCCCAAGGUCGCUAUUAUGGAUGAGACCGAAAAGAUGGACCCUGAAAUCAUUAAGGGACUUUUUGAGCAGGGCCUUAUGGGUAUCGAGACUGAGUCUGAGUUUGGUGGAUCUGAGUGCUCUUUCACUUCUGCUAUCAUUGCAAUUGAAGAACUCGCCAAGAUCGAUCCUUCCGUUAGUGUAUUCUGCGAUGUCCAGAACACCCUUGUUGGUACUCUCGUCCGUAAGUAUGGUACCCAGUCACAGAAGGAAAACUACUUGACCCGUCUCUCCACCGACACCAUCGGUUGUUUUGGUUUGUCCGAGGCUGGAUCCGGUACUGAUGCUUUUGCCCUCCAAACCCGUGCUGAAGACAAGGGUGACCAUUAUAUCCUCAAUGGUAGCAAGAUGUGGAUCACCAACUCUGGUGAAGCUAACAUCUUCUUGAUCUUUGCUAACGUUGAUCCUUCCAAGGGUUACAAGGGUAUCACUUGUUUCAUCGUCGAGAAGGAGUGGGGUGUCAAGAUCGCCAAGAAGGAGAGCAAGUUGGGUAUCCGUGCUUCCUCUACCUGCGUCUUGAACUUUGAUGACAUCCGUAUCCCCAAGGAAAACGUUCUUGGUGAAGUUGGCAAGGGUUACAAAUACGCCAUUGAAAUCCUUAAUGAAGGUCGUAUUGGUAUUGCUGCCCAGAUGAUUGGUCUCGCCCAGGGUGCCUAUGAUAUUGCUCUCCCUUAUCUCUUCCAGAGAAAGCAAUUCAACACAUACAUCGGUGACUUCCAGUCCAUGCAGCACCAGUAUGCUCAGAUUGCCGUUGAGAUUGAGGCCGCUAGACUCUUGACUUACAAUGCCGCUAGACUGAAGGAAGAGGGUAAGCCUUUCAUCAAGGAGGCUGCCAUGGCCAAGCUCUACUCUUCUCAGAUUGCCGAGACUGCUGCAAGCAAGGCUAUUGAAUGGUGCGGUGGUGUUGGAUUCACUCGUGAGUUGGGUGUCGAGAAGUUCUUCAGAGAUUCCAAGAUCGGUGCUAUCUAUGAAGGUACCAGCAACAUUCAGCUCCAGACCAUUGCCAAGCUGAUCUCCAGCGAGUACAAAUAAGCUAGUUUAAAUAGCACACUGCAUAUCUCUAUUUACCUAUUUCCUUUCCGCUAGCAUGGAUAAAGUAUAAACACAUCCUAAUAAAAAAGACCCAUUAACAUGUAUAAAAUAAACACUCAUUAAUCC